AUGGGUGAAGAAGUAAAACAGGAACAAAUUAAGGAGGAAUCUAAGCCGGAGGAGAAGAAAGAAGAGCAAGCAGAGAAAAAGAAAGAAGAGAAAGCUGAGGAGAAGAAAGAAGAAAAGGCAGAAGAGAAGAAAGAAGAAAAGGCAGAGGAGAAGAAAGAAGAACCUAAACCACCAUCCCCAUUUGUCUUAUUUGUGAAUUUGCACUGUGUGGGAUGUGCAAAGAAGAUUGAAAGGACCCUUCUUAGGAUAAGAGGAGUUGAAGGAGUUGUGAUCGACAUGGCUCAAAACCAAGUGACUAUAAAGGGAGUCGUGGAGCCUCAAGCUGUAUGCAACAGAAUCACCAAGAAAACCAAGAGAACAGCCAAAGUCUUAUCGCCACUACCGGAAGCUGAGGGUGAACCUCUACCAGAAGUUGUUACCUCACAGGUUAGUGGAUUGGCUUCAUUGGAACUCAAUGUGAACAUGCACUGUGAGGCCUGUGCUGAGCAGCUUAAGAAAAAGAUACUCAAAAUGAAAGGUGUGAGGACAGUUGAAACAGAAUUAAGCUCCGGGAAAGUGAAAGUAACUGGCACCAUGGAUGCAGACAGGCUCGUUGAUUAUGUCUAUAGACACACAAGAAAGCAGGCCAAAAUUGUCCCCCAGCCGGAGCCUGAGAAGCCCGCUGCAGAAGAAUCAAAGCCUGAAGACAAAAAAGAAGAAAAACCAGCUGAAGAAGCAAAACAAGAAGAGAAACCACCAGAAGAGGGAACGAAAGAAGGCAAGGAGGAACAAGGUGGUGAAAACAAAGAGGAAGCCAAGAAAGGAGAAGAGAUCAUUAGUGAUGAAAUGUCCAUGCAGAAAAUGAUGCAUUAUUAUCAGCCUCUUUAUUACAUUGAAAGAAGUCCCCCACCUCAGCUCUUUUCAGAUGAAAAUCCAAAUGCUUGUUGCAUUGCAUAA